AGGUAUCAGUAUAUUUAGUUUGGACUCGCUGUCUUCUGUCACCUUCAGGGACAUCAAGCCAGACAACAUCUUGAUGGACAUGAACGGUCACAUUCGCCUGGCUGACUUUGGUUCCUGCCUCAAACUCAUGGAGGACGGCACAGUGAGUAGGACUACACACACACACACACACGCACACACACACACACACACACACACACACACACACACCCCCCUACGUUCCAAACCAAACACCUCCAAACCACCAACCACCACCCCAUCAAACCCUGGGCUCCCCCGGCCCCCUUUAGGACUUCUCUGUGUCUGAUUUCCUGUUGUUAAAACUCUUCCUCUAGUUGAGCUGCUCCGAGGGGGUUGGCUAUGUGGCUUUGAUGAAUGAGUUGAGACCUUAGAGGAUCCGCCUCUCUAAAGCUGCGGUGACUGACGCUUCUUUGGCCCAGUCUCAGUGAAGUAUUAUUUAUGUAGAAUGAACUCUAUGGCAUGGCCUUGUUUAGGUUUGGUGGACGUAUUUGACUCCAAACACACUCUAGAAACGCAAUUAACAACACCAGAUUACAGAUUAUUAUUUAUCAAGCAAUAAAGGGAUACUGUGAGAUUCUGGCAGUUAAGCAGUUUUUCCACUUACACAUAGUCUGAUGAACUCGUGGAUAUCAUUGUUAUGUCUCUGCGUGCAGUAUGAAGGAAGUUAGAAGUAGAUUCACAAGCCAAUGCUAUGCGGAUGCUACUGUACCUGUAGACUUCCAGUCAUUGCGCUAACGCUAGUUAGCAUUGGCCCGCGAAAUACCUCUAACUUCCUUCAUACUGCACGCAGAGACAUAACAAUGCUAUCCACGAGUUCGUCAGACUAUGGGUAAGUAAAAAAUGGGCUUAGGCUUAACUGCCACGAAUCUCACAGUAUCCCUUUAAUAAAGUAUGAUAUUAUUUAUAUGGUUGAUCCCUCAUGCCAUCCAUCGAUCCAUCUAUGCAUCCAUCCAUCCACUCACUACUAAUCCAUUCAUCUCCUAUGCCUGGUCUCCCUCAGGUCCAGUCAUCAGUUGCCGUGGGGACCCCGGACUACAUCUCUCCGGAGAUCCUGCAGGCGAUGGAGGAUGGGAAGGGGAAGUAUGGUCCAGAGUGUGACUGGUGGUCCCUGGGGGUCUGCAUGUACGAGAUGCUGUACGGGGAAACCCCCUUCUACGCCGAGUCACUGGUGGAGACCUACGGCAAGAUCAUGAACCACAAGGUGAGAGGGGUGGUGGUUAGACUUGACAGAGGAGGCUGACUCUAGCUACCAUGGGGUUUAUCAUUUGAUUUAUUUGUUCAUUUAAAAACACAGUUCUACCACACAAGUAGCCUAUACAAUGCAUUGAAAAUCAUAGAGGACCACCCAAAAAAGUUGUACAACCUAUUUCCAUUGUGGUCCUCUUUGUUUGGGCUGUCAGGCAGGUUAAGGUUUACUGGUAUUGAUGGGUAGUGACAUUGUACUUACUGUACUAAAACCCGUCUUGACUAAGACACAUUUUUUUAUUCAAUGGUUCAAGACGAGCGUGAUUGUUUAGGUGUUGUUGGGGUCUUUAGUGUUAGGCUGAAGUACUUUCUGUACAUAGUUAGUUUUCUUCUUUCUGACUACAACUCCUCUUCCUUCUCUACCCCUUUUUCUUCUUGUUCUUUUCCAUCGACCGACAGGAGGAGUUAGGUGCUGCUGUGAGUGUUUAUUUUUAGGGUCUGAUUGCCCAGUCCCAAAUGGACCCCUAUUCCCUAGCACCUAUGCACUUAUAGAUUCCUCUUAGAUCUCCACAAGUGCAUAGGAAGUAGGGGCUAGGGAAUGAUUUGGGACUGGGUCUGAGUGUUAGUUGUUAAAGUUUCAGUAUGUUCUGUUCAAGGGCUGAAUGUAUCAAGCUUUUUAGAGUAGGAGUGCUGAUCUUGGAUCAGUUUAGCCUUUCAUUUCAUGUAAAUGAGAUUAUAUAGACAGGAAGGAACUGAUCCUAGAUCAGUACUACUAAGAGGAAUACUCUGAGACAAUUGAUACUUACAGUGCAUUUGGAAAGUAUUCAGACCCCUUGACUUUUUCCACAUUUUGUUACGUUACAGCCUUAUUCUAAAAUGGAUUAAAUAAAAAAAUGUCCUUAUCAAUCUACACACAAUACCCCAUAAUGAUGAAGUGAAAACAGGUUUUUCGAAAUGUUAUCAAAUGUAUUAAAAAAAUACAAAAACAGAUACCUUAUUUACAGAAGUUUUCAGAACCUUUGCUAUGAGACUCGAAAUUGAGCUCAGGUGCAUCCUGUUUCCAUUGAUCAUCCUUGAGAUGUUUCUACCACUUGAUUGGAGUCCACCUGUGGUAAAUUCAAUUGAUUGGACAUGAUUUGGAAAGGCACACAUCUGUCUAUAUAAGGUCCAACAGUUGGCAGUGCAUGUCAGAGCAAAAACCAAGCCAUGGGGUCAAAGGAAUUGUCCGUAGAGCUCCGAGACAGGAUUGUGUCGAGGCACAGAUCUGGGGAAGGGUACCAAAAAAUGUCUGCAGCAUUAAAGGUCCCCAAGAACACAGUGGACUCCAUCGUUUUUAAAUGGAAGACGUUUGGAACCACCAAGACUCUUCCUAAAGCUGUCCGCCCCGGCCAAACUGAGCAAUCAGGGGAGAAGGGCCUUCGUCAGAGAGGUGACAAAGAACCCGAUGGUCACUCUGACAGAGCUCCAGAAUUCCUCUGUGGAGAUGGGAGAACCUUCCACAAGGACAACCAUCUCUGCAGAACUCCACCAAUCAGGCCUUUAUGGUAGUGUGGCCAGACGGAAGCCACUCCUCAGUAAGCACCCAGCCAAGACAACGCAGGAGUGGCUUCGGGACAAGUCUCUGAAUGUCCUUGAGUGGCCCAGCCAGAGGCUGGAUUUGAACCCGAUCGAACAUCUCUGGAGAGACCUGAAAAUAACUGUGCAGCGACGCUCCCCAUCCAACCUGACAGAGCUUGAGAGGAACUGCAGAGAAGAAUGGGAUAAACUCUCUAAAUACAGGUGUGCCAAGCUUGUAGCGUCAUACCCAAGAAGACUCGAGGCUGUUAUCGCUGCCAAAGGUGCUUCAACAAAGUACUGAGUAAAGGGUCUGAAUACUUAUGUAAAUGUCGUAUUUCAGUUUUUUAUUUAAAUUAAUUUGCAAAAAUGUCUAAACCUGUUUUUGCUUUGUCAUUAUGGGGUAUUGUGUGUAGAUUGAUGAGGGAAAAAAACAAUUUAAUCAUUUUAGAAUAAGGCUGUAAUGUAACAAAAUGUGGAAAAAGUCAAGGGGUCUGAAUACUUUCCGAAUGCACUGUACAACCCCAGGUCUGUUUUUAUACUUAUUUUCAGCCCAUCCUGACUCCAAACCACACCGUUCUACCUUCAUAACUCACCCCCCUCUCCCUUCCCAUCACCUUUCAACUAUACCAUCACGUUCGCCCAGCUUUAUUGGCUGAACAAAUGCCUUAUGUGUUAAACUUUGGCUAGAACUAUACUGCUUUCUGCUGCAACAGGGUAAACAUGCAUUGGCCAUAUACCAUUUUUAUUUAUUUUUACGUUUCAUUGUCAGGGGCCAUGUACACAAAUGAAUAAAUUAAAUGUGGAAAAAUGUGUACGAAGAUUAUUCUGCAAACUGUAUAGAACUACACUACCAGUCAAAAGUUUGGACUCAUUACUUAUUCAAGUGUUUUUCUUUAUUUUUACUAUUUUUUACGUUGUAGAAUAAUAGUGAAGAUAUCAAAACUAUUAAAUAACACAAAUGGAAUCAUGUAGUAAACAAAAGUGUUAAACGAAUCAAAAUUAUAUGUUAUAUUUGAGAUUCUUCAAAUAGCCACCCUUUGCCUUGAUGACAGCUUUGCACACUCUUGGCAUUCUCUCAACCAGCUUCACCUGGAAUGCUUUUCCAACAGUCUUGAAGGAGUUCCCACAUAUGCUGAGCACUUGUUGGCUGCUUUUCCUUCACUCUGCGGUCCGACUCAUCCCAAACCAUCUCAAUUGGGUUGAGGUCGGGGGAUUGUGGAGGCCAGGUCAUCAUAGUUUUGAUGUCUUCGCUAUUAUUCUACAAUGUAGAAAAUAGUACAAAUAAAGAAAAGCCCUGGAAUGAGUAGGUGUGUCCAAACUUUUGACUGGUACUGUAUACUGCUGUCUACUGCAACAUGGGAAAGUUGCAUUAUCAGUAAAAAUUAAUUCGAAAUACAAAUAUUUCACCAAACUUGACGUAAACAGUAUAUCUAGGCUGCAUCCCAAAUGGUCAAAAGUAGUGCAGUAAAUAAGGAAUAACGUACCAUAUGUCCCAAAUGGUAUCUUCAUUAUUCUGACUCCUUUCCCUCUCCUCCCUCCGCCGGGUCCCCAGGAGCGUUUCCAGUUCCCCCUGCAGAUGACGGAUGUGUCCGAAGACGCCAAGGACCUGAUCCGACGCCUCAUCUGCAGCCGGGAGCACCGUCUGGGCCAGAACGGUAUCGAGGACUUCAAAUCUCACCCCUUCUUCUCUGGUAGGGCCUGAUGUUUUAAAACAGUGUCUGGGGGCUAGGGUUGUGGCAAUAAUGGGAUUUUAUAUAAUUCUGUAUUGUCUGUCAAUUCUUCUCUGGUAGAAGUGGGGCCAUUUCCAGGGAGUUGAUAUAGAUAACCUCUUGUUAAUUGGUGUUGAAUUUAGGUUGGACUGUAGAGAUGAUAAUAUGAUAAUCAUUACAAUAAGAAACCAUGAUCACAGUUUUCAUGUUUAAUGUCAUUCCUUUCAGGCAUUGACUGGGACAAUAUACGUACGUGCGAGGCCCCCUACAUACCAGAGGUCAGCAGCCCCACAGACACCUCUAACUUUGACGUGGACGACGACUGCCUCAAGAACUCAGUAAGUCUGUCUUCCUCUAUGGGACUACAUCAAGACUUCUCUCUCUCUCUCUCUCUCUCUCUCUCUCUCUCUCUCUCUCUCUCUCUCUCUCUCUCUCUCUCUCUCUCUCUCUCUCUCUCUCUCUCUCUCUCUCUCUCUCUCUCUCUCUCCUUUCAGUCUCUCUCUCUCUCCUUUCAGUCUCUCUCUUUGUUUCUAUCUUUUUUCUCCCCAUCAUCUCUUUCAUCUGUCUGUAAUGUUGUCAAGGUUGAGGUGUUUUAUGAAAUAAGUUUUGUGUUAUUUCAGGAGACGAUGCCCCCUCCCUCUCACACGGCCUUCUCUGGACACCACCUGCCCUUCGUAGGUUUCACCUACACCAGUAAAUGGUGAGUGGUCGCACAGCUUCGUCAAUAUAUACAGUAUACAGAAAAAUACAUCUUAGCCUGGUCCCAGAUCUGUUUGUGCCGGCUUGCCAACUCCUAUGGUCAUUGUCAUGUUUGGCAUAGCAAUGAGCAUAGGCUAUACAGCACAAUCAGAUCUGGGAUCAGUCUACUUCACUCCUACUUCUCUAUCGUUUGAUCUAACCUCAUCCACACUUGAACUAGUACUCCAUUUCCACCUGUGAGAAAGAAAGUAUUGAAUGGUCUGAUUUCUUUAUCUUAUCUUCAGGCUAAUGGUGGUCUCUCUCUCUCUCUCUCUCUCUCUCUCUCUCUCUCUCUCUCUCUCUCUCUCUCUGUCUCUGUCUCUCUCUGUCUGUCUGUCUGUUUAAGCGGCUUUAUUGGCAUGGGAAACGUGUGUACAUUGCCAAAGCAAGUGAAAUAGAUAAUAAACAAAAGUGAAAUAAACAAUAAAAAAUGUAUAGAAAACUUUACCCUCACAAAAAUUCAUUAUGGCUAUAUACAGGUGUUGUAAUGAUGUGCAAAUAGUUAAAAUACAAAAGAGAAAAUAAAUAAACAUAAAUAUGGGUUGUAUUUACAAUGGUGUUUGUUCUUCACUGGUUGCCCUUUUCUUGUUCACAAAUCUUGCUGCUGUGAUGGCACACUGUGGUAUUUCACUCAAUAGAUAUGGGAGUUUAUCAAAAUUAGGUUUGUUCUUUCAAAUUCUUUGUGGGUCUGUGUAAUCUGAGGGAAAUAUGUGUCUCUAAUAUGGUCAUACAUCUCUCUCUCGCUUUCUCUCCCCUCUCUUCCUUUUCUCUCCCCUCUCUUCCUCCUCCAGUACCCUGUCUGACCGGGGCUGUCUGAGGGAGUCAGGUGGUAGCAGCCAGACACAGAUGGAUGUGUGUGUCCAGCGCAGUCUGGAGGAGAGUCUGGCCACCGAGGCCUACGAGAGGAGGAUACGACGCCUGGAGCAGGAGAAGACUGAGCUCAGCCGCAAGCUGCAAGGUACUCACACACACUCACUCACUCACACCUCUCCUCCCAUUCUCAUCCUCUCCUCCCAUUCUCAUCCUCUCCCUGUGUGUUGUGUCCCAGAGUCCACUCAGACAGUCCAGGCCCUGCAGCAUGCGUCAGGAGAAGGACCAGCACCCGUCCCCUCUAACAAGGAGGUGGAGAUCAGGAGUCUGAAGACUGAGAUUGACAUCCUCAAGAAACAGAUCGCAGGUAGACAUUCAACAUUCUACUGUAAAGGUUUACUGUGUAGUAGAACACAAACAUUCUACUGUAAAGGUUUACUGUGUAGUAGAACACAAACAUUCUACUGUAAUGGUUUACUGUGUAGUAGAACACAAACAUUCUACUGUAAUGGUUUACUGUGUAGUAGAACACAAACAUACUACUGUAAUGGUUUACUGUUUAGUAGAACACAAACAUUCUACUGUACAGGUUUACUGUGUAGUAGAACACAAACAUUCUACUGUACAGGUUUACUGUGUAGUAGAACACAAACAUUCUACUGUAAAGGUUUACUGUGUAGUAGAACACAAACAUUCUACUGUACAGGUUUACUGUGUAGUAGAACACAAACAUUCUACUGUAAAGGUUUACCUUGUAGUAGAACACAAACAUUCUACUGUAAAGGUUUACUGUGUAGUAGAACACAAACAUUCUACUGUACAGGUUUACUGUGUAGUAGAACAAACAUUCUACUGUAAAGGUUUACUGUGUAGUAGAACACAAACAUUCUACUGUAAUGGUUUACUGUGUAGUAGAACACACACAUACUACUGUAAUGGUUUACUGUUUAGUAGAACACAAACAUUCUACUGUACAGGUUUACUGUGUAGUAGAACACAAACAUUCUACUGUAAUGGUUUACUGUUUAGUAGAACACAAACAUUCUACUGUAAAGGUUUACUGUGUAGUAGAACACAAACAUUCUACUGUAAUGGUUUACUGUGUAGUAGAACACAAACAUUCUACUGUAAUGGUUUACUGUGUAGUAGAACACAAACAUACUACUGUAAUGGUUUACUGUUUAGUAGAACACAAACAUUCUACUGUAAUGGUUUACUGUGUAGUAGAACACAAACAUUCUACUGUAAUGGUUUACUGUGUAGUAGAACACACACAUACUACUGUAAUGGUUUACUGUUUAGUAGAACACAAACAUUCUACUGUACAGGUUUACUGUGUAGUAGAACACAAACAUUCUACUGUAAUGGUUUACUGUGUAGUAGAACACAAAUAUAUUUUACUGUAAUGGUUUACUGUGUAGUAGAACACAAACAUUCUACUGUAAUGGUUUACUGUGUAGUAGAACACACACAUACUACUGUAAUGGUUUACUGUUUAGUAGAACACAAACAUUCUACUGUACAGGUUUACUGUGUAGUAGAACACAAACAUUCUACUGUACAGGUUUACUGUGUAGUAGAACACAAACAUUCUACUGUAAAGGUUUACUGUGUAGUAGAACACAAACAUUCUACUGUACAGGUUUACUAUGUAGUAGAACACAAACAUUUUACUGUAAAGGUUUACUGUGUAGUAGAACACAAACAUUCUACUGUAAAGGUUUACUGUGUAGUAGAACACAAACACCUUUCAGCCAGGUCAGCAUUUACCAUAGAUGGAUAGCCUAGUGUAUGAUAGAGUAGGACUGGAAAUACAUUGAGAGAUAAACAGAUAUGCUAUUCAUAAUCCAUACAGUAUACAGCCAAGUUAAUUGUGGGAAUUGCAACGCAAGGGUUGUGGGUUUGAUUCCCACGGGGGACCAGUACAAAAAGCAUGAACAUGUAUGCUCUGGAUAAGAGCAUCUGCUAAAUGACUAACAUUUAAAAUGUACACUAUAAUGGAACACACAUCAUAGGGAAAUGUGAUGCAUAUUGGCCAAAGUUGUGUUUAACAACACUGACCCUCUGUAUUGUGUGUGUUAGACUCAGGUCAACUGGAACAUCAGUUGGAGGAAGCUUCGUCAGUCCGUAGAGAAAUGGAGGAUUCAUCUAAACACGUCAGGAGCCUGGAGAAACAGAUGAAGAGUCUCAACCUGGAGAGGGACGACCUGCACAAGGUGUGUUUCCCUGUAUAUAGCACCAACUGUGUGUGUUGACUUCAGUGUGUUAACUCCUAGUCACUACCAAUAUUAUACAAUUUUCACACUAUCGUGCUGAUCCGAAUUGGACUGUACUGGCUUGGAUAUAUUUUAUUUUCACAUGGUCCUUCACAUCAUGGCUCCAGCAAAUGUGGUAUAUGCGUCAUUGUGGUAUAUCGGCUCAGCUCUGCUCUGCAGUAUGAAAAGGGUACAGUGGGGGAAAAAAGUAUUUAGUCAGCCACCAAUUGUGCAAGUUCUCCCACUUAAAAAGAUGAGAGAGGCCUGUAAUUUUCAUCAUAGGUACACGUCAACUAUGACAGACAAAAUGAGAAAGAAAAUCCAGAAAAUCACAUUGUAGGAUUUUUUAAGAAUUUAUUUGCAAAUUAUGGUGGAAAAUAAGUAUUUGGUCAAUAACAAAAGUUUCUCAAUACUUUGUUAUAUACCCUUUGUUGGCAAUGACACAGGUCAAACGUUUUCUGUAAGUCUUCACAAGGUUUUCACACACUGUUGCUGGUGUUUUGGCCCAUUCCUCCAUGCAGAUCUCCUCUAGAGCAGUGAUGUUUUGGGGCUGUCGCUGGGCAACACAGACUUUCAACUCCCUCCAAAGAUUUUCUAUGGGGUUGAGAUCUGGAGACUGGCUAGGCUACUCCAGGACCUUGAAAUGCUUCUUACGAAGCCACUCCUUCGUUGCCCGGGCGGUGUGUUUGGGAUCAUUGUCAUGCUGAAAGACCCAGCCACGUUUCAUCUUCAAUGCGCUUGCUGAUGGAAGGAGGUUUUCACUCAAAAUCUCACGAUACAUGGCCCCAUUCAUUCUUUCCUUUACACGGAUCAGUCGUCCUGGUCCCUUUGCAGAAAAACAGCCCCAAAGCAUGAUGUUUCCACCCCCAUGCUUCACAGUAGGUAUGGUGUUCUUUGGAUGCAACUCAGCAUUCUUUGUCCUCCAAACACGACGAGUUGAGUUUUUACCAAAAAGUUAUAUUUUGGUUUCAUCUGACCAUAUGACAUUCUCCCAAUCCUCUUCUGGAUCAUCCAAAUGCACUCUAGCAAACUUCAGACGGGCCUGGACAUGUACUGGCUUAAGCAGGGGGACACGUCUGGCACUGCAGGAUUUGAGUCCCUGGCGGCGUAGUGUGUUGCUGAUGGUAGGCUUUGUUACUUUGGUCCCAGCUCUCUGCAGGUCAUUCACUAGGCCCCCCCGUGUGGUUCUGGGAUUUUUGCUCACCGUUCUUGUGAUCAUUUUGACCCCACGGGGUGAGAUCUUGCGUGGAGCCCCAGAUCGAGGGAGAUUAUCAGUGGUCUUGUUUGUCUUCCAUUUCCUAAUAAUUGCUCCCACAGUUGAUUUCUUCAAACCAAGCUGCUUACCUAUUGAAGAUUCAGUCUUCCCAGCCUGGUGCAGGUCUACAAUUUUGUUUCUGGUGUCCUUUGACAGCUCUUUGGUCUUGGCCAUAGUGGAGUUUGGAGUGUGACUGUUUGAGGUUGUGGACAGGUGUCUUUUAUACUGAUAACAAGUUCAAACAGGUGCCAUUAAUACAGGUAACGAGUGGAGGACAGAGGAGCCUCUUAAAGAAGAAGUUACAGGUCUGUGAGAGCCAGAAAUCUUGCUUGUUUGUAGGUGACCAAAGACUUAUUUUCCACCAUAAUUUGCAAAUAAAUUCAUUAAAAAUCCUACAAUGUGAUUAUCUGGAAUUUAUUUCCUCAUUUUGUCUGUCAUAGUUGACGUGUACCUGUGAUGAAAAUUACAGGCCUCUCUCAUCUUUUUAAGUGGGAGAACUUGCACAAUUGGUGGCUGACUAAAUACUUUUUCCCCCACUGUAUACAACUACCUCGAACCCUGAGUCUAUCUGUAAUAUAUAUCAUUAAGCAGACGCAUUUAUCCAAAACGACUUACAACAGUGAGUUCAUACAUUUUCGUAUGGGUGGCCCCAGCGGGAAUCCAAUCGACAACCCUGGCAUUGCAAGUGCCAUGCUCUACCAGCUGAGCGCCAUACGUCCGACUCAUCCAGUCUGACCAAUGAAUCUGAAUCUUCCCUCCCUUCAGGACUUAAUGGAGGCCAGUGAGAAGAUGAAGAGUCAGUCUAAGGAGUUGAAAGAGGCCCACAGCCAGAGGAAGCUGGCCAUGCAGGAGUUUUCCGAGCUCAACGAGCGUCUGACUGACCUCAGAUCAGCCAAGCAGCGCCUGGGCCGCCAGCUCCGGGACAAGGAGGAGGAGAUGGAGGGUUGGUCCCAGAAGGUGGAGGCUUUACGGCUGGAGGUGCGCAAGGCUGAGAGGGCCAAGAAGGAGGUAGAGUAGUCACGUGGUUCUUAGAGGUAUUUGUGUGUGUGCGUGCGUGUUUGUGCGUAUAGGAGGGUGUGUGUGUGGGUCUCUACUUAUAGGUGUGCUUGUAUAUGAGCGUGUGUCUACGUGUGUGUGUGUGUGUGUGUGUGCAUUAACUCCUUGCUGUCUCUCAGAUGGAGGCCCAGUCUGAGGAGCAGACAGCAGAUGCUCAGAAGGAGAGGAAGGUGAGAGAACGAUCAGAGCAGUACAGCAGACAGCUAGAGGAGGAGCUGGACGGACUCAAGGUAACACACACACACACAUACUAACACACAUAAUAACACACACACACACACACUAACACAUGCUAACACACAUAAUAACACACACACACUAACACACUAACACAUGCUAACACACAUAAUAACACACACACACACGCUAACACACGCUAACACACACUAACACACUUUCUAACACACAUACACACCGACCUUUUUUCUUUCCUUCUCUCUCUCUCUCUCUCACGCUCUCUCACGCUCUCUCACGCUCUCGCUCACAGAUCUUCACAGACAUUACAUCUCAGAUUUGAGCCGUUUAGCAGACGCUGUGGAGCGAGUUGUAGUCAGAGAAGCGUAUGUAGUCGAUGUGAAAUGGCUAGCUAGUUAGCAGUGUGCUAGUAGCAUUCGAUCGGUGACGUCACCCGCUCUAAGGCCCAGAAGUAGGUGUUUUGUGUCCCGACUGAUAACGCUACUUCAUGGCUGACACUGGUAGACGUGUUCAGAGGGUCCCUGGUUCGAGCCCAGUCCGGGACAGGGGUGGAAACAAUGCGCUUACACACACAAGACAUGCACACCUGGGGUGUAUUCACCAGGAACCAAAGUGAAGCCAACGGGCCGAAACGGGGAGGGACUAAUCUGAACUUGUCCAAUAAGAAACACUCGCUUUCGUUACAAAACGCUUUUACUACGGCGUUCACUAAUUAAUACACUCCUGUAAUUUCUCUGUUUCCCUGGUUGUGUGUAUGUGGUCAACUCCUCUCUUCCUCUGAACCAGAAGCAGUUGGGGCCGUCAGCCUCGGUGGUGGGCACGGACCAGAGCCAGGAGGUGGGGAAGCUGCGGGCCGACCUGGAGAAGAAGACCGGGUUCUACGAGGAGGAGUUGAGCAGGAGGGAAGCGCAGCAUGCCAACGAACUCAAGGGCCUCCGCAAGGAGCUCCGUGACGCGGAGGGACAGCAGCUCACCCUGCAGAAAGAGAUACUGGUUCUCAAGGACAAACUGGAGAAGACACGCAGGGAGAGGUGUGUGUGUGUGUGUGUGUGUGUGUGUGUGUCUACAUCUUUAUUUAUUUGUGUGUAUAAUGGCUUAUGUGCAGUACCGCCUUCUUAGGUUUGGAUGUCCACAACACUCAUAAGCACUCAUAAAGUUGACAUAUAGGACAGUCAAUCCAGAGACGUAGACAUGGCAUUCAGAUGUGGUUCUGGUCUCUGUAGGAGCUAUAUAAAUAUUCUUCCUAGCGAGGGUUAUACGAGGUGAACAUGGUUAUAGUUACUUCACCCUGGCCUCUACUGUGUUGUACUUUAGUUACCUUCUCUCCCCUGACCUAGCUCCCGAGAAGACCCUCGUUCAUGUGUGAGUCCCUUAGAUCUAACUGGUAUUAUCCCCCUUUGCCUCUGUCCAGGUCGAAGAAGCAACAUUGAUCUAACGAUCCCUCAUACAGUCUGGAAGCUAUCAGGAUGUGCUUUUCUACCCUAUAGCUUAGCAUCCCUGGCUAGCCUCGUUCAUACAGAUCUUUGGAUACUCUCUCUGAAUAGCAGGUUCAGUGUGUUAUUGAUGUGUGUGAUGAUGGAUCAUCAGAGUGUGUGCAUCUGUGUUCUUUGUGUGUGAUAGCCAAUGCGAGCGUGAGGAGUUUGAGACGGAGUACAAGCAGAAGUAUGAGAGGGAGAAAGUUAUUCUGACCGAGGAGAACAGGAAGCUCUCCAACGAACUGGACAAGGUGAGAUAAUAUACACACACACUGCCCUGACCUGAGGUAACCCUAUCACACACACACUGCCCUGACCUGAGGUAACCCUAUCACACACACACUGCCCUGACCUGAGGUAACCCUAUCACACACACACUGCCCUGACCUGAGGUAACCCUAUCACACACACACUGCCCUGACCUGAGGUAACCCCUAUCACACACACACUGCCCUGACCUGAGGUAACCCUAUCACACACACACUGCCCUGACCUGAGGUGCCCUGACCUGAGGUAACCCUAUCACAGCACACACAACACUUGCCCUGACCUGAGGUAACCCUAUCACACACACACUGCCCUGACCUGAGGUAACCCUAUCACACACACACUGCCCUGACCUGAGGUAACCCUAUCACACACACACCCCAGUUCUCUCAUCAUAAUGACACUGUCCACCUCCAACCUUCUCUCCUGGUAAAGCCAAUAUAAUUACUGUUCAAUAUCCACUUUCAAAACAGACCACAGUCUCCUACACACGCAAAUGGAACGUCCCGUUGGAUCUCAAACUAUUGACUUUGGAAGCGGGAACAAUGGGAAUGAGAAGUGGACUUUCCCAAGCAAAAUACUUUGGUAUAAGUUCUGAUAUAUGGGACUAAAAGUGCUGUUUGUUUUUGUGGUAUUCCAUAUUAAGUAUGAAGAAAUGAAGUGAUGCCUUGAAGUUGAUAGCAGCCGGGGGUGUAUGUGGAAAACAGGGAACAUUCCCCAACCCUUCCUGAACACAUGCACAACCUGCCAGGGAGGGAUAGUGAGAAGCACAUAUCAUUGGUUGCGUCCCAAAUGGCACCCUAUUUACUUUAUAGUGCAUUACUUCUUCUGAACAGGGCCUAUAAGGGUCUGUUCAAAAGUAGUGCAAUAUAUAGGGAAUGGGGUGCCAUUUGGGAUGCAGACCCAUUUGAUUCUGUUGUUUCACAUACAGUACCUUCUGUAUGAAAGCCAGAAUACAAGGAUCAGAUGAUUUAUGGUGAUUAUAUAUCCUUCUAUGAACUUGAAACUCUCUAGUCUAAAGGUAGCUGUUUCCAUUUGGAAAGAAAUCCUAUAAAUGUGAGGUAAAAAAAAUUUGAAUCUUACCUUGCAAAUAUUAUGUUUAGCCUGUUUAAAAUGAUCCUUCAAACUGUGUUUUACAACCAACAACCAUCUUGCCACUUAUGUGAUAGUAGCAAUAUGCACCGUAAUGAAUUUCCUACUGUCAAACCAUUACACGAAAACACACUCCCUCUGCAACUGUCAAGUAACUUAUAAUUACCAAGAUAGCUAUUUAAAAUGGCCAGUUGUUGCAGAGAGGGCUAGGAUCAGCACUUUAUGAGUUAGUAUUGAUCAUAAUGUAUUUCUGGUGUGCCACUCUCUCCCUCUGCUCUCUGCCCCCUCUCUCCCUGCCCUCCUCCCUUCCCCCUCUCCCUCUGCUCUCUGCCCCCUCUCUCUCCCUGCCCUCCUCCCUUCCCCCUCUCCCUCUGCUCUCUGCCCCCUCUCCCUCCUCACCCUCUCUCCUUCUGCCCUUCUUUGGCAUCCCCCAUGCCCUGGCCUGCCCUUCUCUUCCCUCUUCUUUUACCCUGUCCCCUCUACCCUGUACCCUCUACCCUCUACCCUGUCCCCUCUACCCUGUACCCUGUCCCCUCUACACUGUCCCCUCUACCCUGUCCCCUCUACCCUACCCUGUUCCCUCUACCCUGUUCCCUCUACCCUGUCCCCUCUACCCUGUCCCCUCUACCCUGUCCCCUCUACACUGUUCUCUCUACCCUGUCCCCUCUGCCCUGUUCUCUCUACCCUGUCCCCCUCUACCUGUUCCUCCCUGCCUCUACCCCUGUCCCCUCUCCCCUGUCCCCUCUACCCUGUCCCACCUGUCCCCUCUACCCUGUCCCCUCUACCCUGUCCCCUCUACCCUGUCCCCUCUACCCUGUCCCCUCUACACUGUCCCUACCUGUCCUCUACCCUGUCCCUGUGCCCUCUAACUGUUCUCUCUACCAUGUCCCCUCUACCCUGUCCCCUCUACACUGUCCCCUCUACACUGUUCUCUCUACCCUGUCCCCUCUACACUGUCCCCUCUACACUGUUCUCUCUACCCUGUCCCCUCUACACUGUUCUCUCUACCCUUCCCUAACUUUCUUACCUCCUGCCCUAACCUUUUCUCCCAUCUCUCCACUCUCCUCUGUCCCUCUUUCCCCUUCUCCUGCCCUGCCUGCCUUUCCUUACCCUGUCAUCGAUCAAUCAAUCAAUCAAAUGUAUUUUAUAAAGCCCUUUUUACAUCAGCAGUUGUCAGUGCUAUACAGAUACCCAGCCUCAAACCCCAAAGACCAAGCAAUGCAGAGGCAGAAGCACAGUUGCUAGGAAAAACUCCCUAGAAAGGCAGGAACCUAGGAAGAAACCUAGUGAGGAACCAGGCUCCAAGGGGUGGUCAGUCCUCUUCUGGCUGUGCUGGGUGGAGAUUAUAAGAGUACAUGGCCAUUUAGGCCAGAUCGUUCUUCAAGAUGUUCAAAUGUUCAUAGAUGACCAGCAGGGUCAAAUAAUAACCAUAGUGGUUAUAGAGGGUGCAACAGGGCAGCACCUCAGGAGUAAAUGUCAGUUGGCUUUUCAUAGUCGAACAUUCAGAGGUCGAGACAGCAGGUCCGGGACCAAGUAGCAUGUCCGGUGAAACAGGUCAGGGUUCCAUAGCCACAGCAGAACUAGAUCAGCAGAACUACUGGUUGGACUAGGGACAGGGACAGCCAGGUGUCGUCAGACCGGGUAGUCCUGAGGCAUGAUCCUAGGGCUCAGGUCCUCCGGGAGGGGAGACAUGGAGAGGGAGGGAGGGGGAGGAGAACUAGAGGGAUCAUGCCUAAGCUCACUCAGGACAACAGAUAGGACAGACUGACCUUGGCCCCUAUGCACAUACGCCAUUGCAGCAUAGAUACUGGGGGGGUGGGGUCGGGGGACACUGGCCCCGUCCAAAGUUACCCCCUGGGCCAAACUACACUCAAUCAUAGGACUUGCUGAAGAGAUGAGACUGAGUCUGUGUCUCACAUGGAUCGGCAGACCAUUCCAUAAUAGAGGAGCUCUAUAGGAUGCCCUUGAAACGUCGCUGCAAAUGUACCACACUGUAUAACAUCUAUGGCUCUGACUGACUCUGUAUUCUCCUCUCCUCUCCUCUCCUCUCCUCUCCUCUCCUCUCCUCUCCUCUCCUCUCCUCUCCUCUCCUCUCCUCUCCUCUCCUCUCCUCUCCUCUCCUCUCCUCUCCUCUCCUCUCCUCUCCUCUCCUCUCCUCUCCUCUCCUCUCCUCUCCUCUCCUCUCCUCUCCUCUCCUCUCCUCUCCUCUCCUCUCCUCUCCUCUCCUCUCCUCUCCUCUCCCUCUAGCUGACGUCUAUGUUUGAGAAGCUGAGCAGUAGCAACAGACAGCUAGAGGAGGAGAUGAGGGAACUGGCUGACAAGAAGGAGAGUGUGGCUCACUUGGAGGAGCUGGCUGACAAGAAGGAGAGUGUGGCUCACUGGGAGGCCCAGAUCACUGAGAUUAUCCAGUGGUGAGUGACAGAGGAAAUACACGCACGUGUGCAUUCACUCUCAAACACAUGUCCGCACGUGCAGGCUUACUUACACACACACACGCAAACACUCUACAUGCAUACACAGACACAUUUUGAAUACUUUAUUUGGAUCCACAAUCCAGCAAUGAGGUGCAAAGGACCCCAAAUAUGUCAAAGGUCAUACAAAUGAUUGGUCUUUACAAUGUCUUCUCCAUUCAGAGAAGCGACAGAGAAAUACCUUGCUACUGCUGCUUGGCUCUCUUCCCUGACAGGCCUCCAAUUGGCACAUAUUUACAUUUUAGUCAUUUAGCAGACACUCUUAUCCAGAGCGACUUACAGUUAGUGAGUGCAUACAUUUUUCAUACUGGCCCUCCGUGGGAAUCGAACCCACAACCCUGGCGUUUCAAGCGCCAAGCUCUACCAACUGAGCUACAGGAGGCCUGAAGGACAACCAUAUCACACACACACACUGUAACAUUGAACUGAAGCAGUGAUGAGUGGUGCCCCCUGCCUGCCACUGCAGUAGGAGAAACAGGAAGAGUUUCUCUUUAUGGACCAAUAGGGGGUGCUUAUAUUUGUCCUGUUUCACGUACAAGUGGGUAACCUGUACGAGUGAGAGGUGUGAAAUGGAAAUGUAUUGUUUUGCAUAUCCCCACUCCCCCUGAGACUCCCUUGGAGAGUGGGGUCACGGACAGGGAUCAGCCAUUAUUGAUGGCGACCCUGGAGAAAUCAGGGUUAAGUACCUCGCUCAAGGGCAGAUCAACAGAUUUUUCACCUUGUCGGCUCGGGGAUUCGAACUAUAAAUAAUAAAUAAAUAAAUAAUUGGUCAUUUAGCAGACGCUCUUAUCCAGAGCGACUUACAGGAGCAAUUAGGGUUAAGUGCCUUGCUCAAGGGCACAUCGACAGAUUUUUCACCUAGUCGGCUCGGGGAUUAGAACCAGCGACCUUUCAGUUACUGGCACAACGCUCUUAACCACUAAGCUACCUGCCGCCCCGUUGGGUUACUGGCCCAAUGCUCUAACUGCUAGGCUACGUGCCGGACCACAGAGAUGUGUAUGUACAGACCAGGGAGGUUGUGACUGGGACUGGAGGAAGCCUAUUCACAACCCUGUAUGUAUGUACACAUAGAAGCUGUCCCAAAUGGCACCCUAAUGCCUAUUCAGUUCACUACUUUUGACCAGAGCCCAGACCCAUAGGGCUCUGUUCAAACGCAGGGCACUAUAUAGGGAAAAGGGUGCCAUUUGGGACAUGUCCUUAGUAUAACACUCAAUAGGGUAAUGGUAAGUUAUUGUGACCUUAGCUUGCAUAUAGUUUGUGUUAGGGAGGCCCAGUUAAAGUGACAGUUUUGAUAUGAUGAUAAUAUAUGUAACGGAUACUGCAGUUAGUGAGUUAGUUGUGAGGGCUGUUCAUAUACCCCAUAGCUGUAUUUAUUGACUGUGUGACCGGGUCAACCUGAGUCCAUGUGUAAGGUUUGGUACAUGGAGUGUGAUGCCUAGGGCUAACUACAGGGUGUGUGUGUGUGUGUGUGUGUGUGUGUGUGUGUGUGUGUGUGUGUGUGUGUGUGUGUGUGUGUGUGUGUGUGUGUGUGUGUGUGUGUGUGUGUGUGUGUGUGUGUGUGUGUGUGUGUGUGUGUGUGUGUGUGUGUGUGUGUGCGCCCACGUGAUUGUGAGUGUUAGUAUAAUGAUAUGAGUGUAUGUUAUGGAAAGGUUUGUUUGUGCAUAAUGUGGAUUGUGUGUUCCAGGGUGAGCGAUGAGAAGGAUGCGCGAGGCUACCUCCAGGCUCUGGCCAGUAAGAUGACUGAAGAACUGGAGGGACUGAGGAACACCAGCCUGGGAGCCAGGGCCACGGUGAGACACACACAUCCAUCUAUCCAUCCAUCCAUCCAUCCACCCAGAAAGUAUUCAGACCCCUUCCCUUUUUCCACAUUUUGUUACAUUACAGCCUUAUUCUAAAAUUGAUUAAAUUACUUUUUAUACUCCAUCUACACACAAUACCUCAUAAUGACAAAGCGAAAACAGGUUUUUAUAAUUUUUUGCAAAUGUAUUACAAAUAAAAACAGAAAUACCUUAUUUACAUAAGUAUUCAGACCCUUUGCUAUGAGACUCGAAAUUGAGCACAGGUGCAUCCUGUUUCCAUUGAUCAUCCUUGAGAUGUUUCUACAACUUGAUUGGAGUCCACCUGUGGUAAAUUCAAUUGAUUGGACAUGAUUUGGAAAGGCACACACCUGUCUAUAAAAGGUUUCACAGUUGACAGUGCAUGUCAGAGCAAAAACCAAGCCAUGAGGUCGAAGGAAUUGUCCGUAGAGCUCCGGGACAUGAUUGUGUCGAGGAACAGAUCUGGGGAAGGGUACCAAAACAUUUAUGCGGCAAUGAAGGUCCCCAAGAACACAGUGGCCUCCAUCAUUCUUAAAUGGAAGAAGUUUGGAACCACCAAGACUCUUCCUAGAGCCGGCCAAACUGAGCAAUCGGUGGAGAAGGGCCUUGUUCAGGGAGGUGACCAAGAACCUGAUGGUCACUCUGACAGAGCUCCAGAGUUCCUCUGUGGAGAUGGGAGAACCUUCCAGAAGGACAACCAUCUCUGCAGCACUCAACCAAUCAGGCUUUUAUGGUGGAGUGGCUAGACAGAAGCCACUCCUCAGUAAAAGGCACAUGACAGCCUGCUUGGAGUUUGCCAAAAGGCACCUAAAGGACUCUCAGACCAUGAGAAACAAGAUUCUCUGGUCUGAUGAAACCAAGAUUGAACUUUGGCCUGAAUGCCAAGCGUCACGUCUGGAGGAAUGCUGGCACCAUCCCUAUGGUGAAGCAUGGUGGUGGCAGCAUCAUGCUGUGGAGAUGUUUUUCAGCGGCAGGAACUGGGAGACUAGUCAGGAUCGAGGGAAAGAUGAACGGAGCAAAGUACAGAGAGAUCCUUGAUGAAAACCUGCUCCAGAGAGCUCAUGACCUCAGACUGGGGUGAAGGUUCACCUUCCAACAGGACAAUGACCCUAAGCACACAGCCAAGACAAUGCAGGAGUGGCUUUGGGACAAGUCUCUGAAUGUCCUUGAGUGGCCCAGCCAGAGCCUAGACUUGAACCCAAUCGAACAUCUCUGGAGAGACCUGAAAAUAGCUGUGCAGCGACGCUCCCCAUCCAACCUAACAGAGCUUGAGAGAAUCUGCAGAGAAGAAUGGGAGAAACUUCCCAAAUACAGGUGUGCCAAGCUUGUAGCAUCAUACCCAAGAAGACUCAAGGCUGUAAUCGCUGCUAAAGGUCCUUCAACAAAGUACUGAGUAAAGGGUCUGAAUACUUAUGUAAAUGUCAUAUUUCAGUUUUUUUUUUAUACAUUUGCAAAAAUGUCUAAACCUGUUUUUGCUUAGUCAUUAUGGGGUAUUGUGUGUAGAUUGAUGAGGGGAAAAAAACAAUUUAAUCAAUUUUAGAAUAAGGCUGUAACGUAACAAAAUGUGGAAUAAGUCAAGGGGUCUGAAUACGUUCCGAAUGCACUGUGCAGAUACACACACACACCUCACAUCUGCAUUGAACUUACCCUUCUUUAUUGAUGUGGCUGUCUUUCUCUAUCCCCUCCCCCUACAGCAGGACAUGCCGUGGAAGGUGCGGAGGUUUGCUAAGCUGGACAUGUCUGCCCGUCUGGAGCUGCAGUCUGCACUGGACGCUGAGAUCAGAGCCAAACAGACCAUCCAAGACGAACUGAACAAAGUCAAGGCCUCCAACAUCUCCACUGAGUGGUACAUCCACUGCUGCUCUUACUUAGUUACUUCUACUUUUAAACUCUUACUUAGUCUAAGAACUACACUGAGACUACACUGAAUCUUUAUUUUUCCAAAAGGGAACAGGGGAUGCCAGGCACAUUAAAAUGCAGUACAUUGCAAUCUGUCAAGAAAGUGCACCUAAACCACCAUUGCUCUAUUACGCUUGCAUGAUCUGAUUUGACAUUGUUGACAUUCUCUUGUUCCUCCAUCCUCCUCUCUCCUCAGUAAACUGCAGGAGUCGGAGACUAAGAACCAGGACCUGCUGGCUGAGAUCGAGAGGCUGAAGAAGGAUACAGAGGAGUUCCGCCUGCGCAGGGGUGAGACUGGAACCAUCACCUCUGACCUGUGUUACUCCUCUCCAUACCAUCACCUCUGACCUGUGUUACUCCUCUCCACACCAUCACCUCUGACCUGUGUUACUCCUCUCCACACCAUCACCUCUGACCUGUGUUACUCCUCUCCACACCAUCACCUCUGACCGUGUUAUCCCUCUCCACACCAUCACCUCUGACCUGUGUUAUCCUCUCCACCUCACCAUCACCUCUGACCUGUGUUACUCCUCUCCACACCAUCACCUCUGACCUGGUGUACUCCUCUCCCCCACACCUAUCACUUUUCUCUCUCCCACCAUCACCUCGACCUGUGUUACUCCUCUCACCUUGUUUACCCUCUCCACACCAUCACCUCUGACCUGUGUUACUCCUCUCCACACCAUGUAUUCUAUUUGAGUGCCAACCUUUUUGUUUUUCAAUGGAAUAACUGGACCAACUAAGAAACUUUCAACGUACGAAGCUGGGAGAGCACAACAGUUUUCCACUUUCUCUGUGCUAAAGCCUCUUCUAGUACAGCAUGCUGAUGUGAUGUUUGUCUCUGGUGUGGUUGUCUUGUGUAGGUGUGAAACACCAGGACUCCCAGAACUCUUUCCUGGCCUUCCUCAACGCCCCCACCUCAGCCCUGGACCAGUUCGAUGUAAGUAACCAUCCUUCAGACUUUACAGACAGAAUGUCUCUUAAUAAUCUGUUCCCAAUUCCACUGUCUCUGAUCCAUUUAAAGAUGAGAGGAAUUCUUUAAUCAACCUUUAUCUUUUUUUGUGUGUGAGUGGGUGUUCCUUCCUUCACUUAAAAAAAAAAAAUAUUUGAUUUUGUUCAGAACAUUCAUUUUAUUUUAUUAAUUUAGUUUCUUUCAUUUGUAUGAAUAUUUGACAUCUUGUUUUUAUUUGGCUCUCCUUGUUUUCAUGUUCUGCUCCAUCAGGACUCUUUCUCCUCAUCCUCUUCCUCUUUAAUUGAGUUUUGGGAAGACGUAAGUUUCUGUUGGGCAGUGGGCGACGUGUGUCUGUGGAGCCAUAGACUGUAGAUAGACUAUAAGCUAACUAGUUGUUUUCUGUUGGGCAGUGGGCGACGUGUGUCUGUGGAGCUAUAGGCUGUAGAUAGACUAUAAGCUAACUAGUUGCCUCAUAAAGAGAGUGGUGAUGUCAUUUGAUCCAGUGUUUGUGUGAGUUCGUGAACCGUACCCCUCUGUGUUCGUCUGUGUGCGUGUCUGUGAGCAUCAUAGCUAGUCCUGUGUGAGUUGAUGGGCCUACUAGCCAAUGAGUCUUCUGUGAAUGUAGUAGUAGAUCAACAUUACCCAGUCUUUGGCUAUGUCUCGAUUUUCCACAUUUCUCCCAAAGUGUCAUGAAUUUAAAAGCAUAGGAUUGGCAUAAGAAUUGGCUAGAGCAGGGCUCUCCAACCCUGUUCCUGGAGAGCUACCCUCCUGUAGGUGUUCUCUCCAACCCUGUUCCUGGAGAGCUACCCUCCUGUAGGUGUUCUCUCCAACCCUGUUCCUGGAGAGCUACCCUCCUGUAGGUGUUCUCUCCAACCCUGUUCCUGGAGAGCUACCCUCCUGUAGGUGUUCUCUCCAACCCUGUUCCUGGAGAGCUACCCUCCUGUAGGUGUUCUCUCCAACCCUAGUUGUAUCAACCAGCUAAUUAUUAGAAUUAGGUGUGCUAGAUUAGGGUUGUAGUGAACCUACAGGACGGUAGCUCUCCAGGAACAGGGUUGGAGAGCCCUGGGCUCGAGGGAGUUUCAACCGUUUGUUAAAUCAAUUUGAGAAGGUGUGCAAAUGCACACUUCAGAAAAAGGGUGGAUAACUGUGACGUAGCCAUUGAGUGAGAGUUUGGGCUCCUUGGCUUUUAGCUAAGACUUCAAGUGGAACUGACAUCAUGUCAUAUAUGAAACAAACACACAAUCAUAAUAUCAGUAAAAAAAAUAUCAAAUUCCCAGUUUAUGCUACAAAACCAACUUUAUAUGAGGCAUAGUUGGCAGAAUAGAUGGAUGCAGUUCAAUGCAUGAUCAAUGUACUGUAAUUCACCAAUACAUUUCUUGGUAGUCCAACAAAUAUUGCUAUCAGGUUGUAAAUCACAGCUGGCCUGGUACAUUGUUUGCUCCCUCCAGCCAUUCGGGAUUCGGUUUUAAUGACUCAAUAUUUUAAACAAAAACUGACUAAUGUAACUAAGGCUGGGAAUGUCAAUACAAUGAAACUAGCAAGGGCAAUAAUCACAAGUCAGUCAUAACGUGGCUAAUAGGCUAGCUUAUCUAUUUUUGUAGCAAUUUAUUUAGCGAGCUUAAAACAUGCAGCCUAACAUUAGCUAGCUAGCUAGCUAGCUUCUGGGAGGAUGACAUGUCAUUGGACGUGUGGGUGAGUGGCCGACUUUCCCCCCCCCAUAUAUUUUUCUGUGGCUAUAGCUAGAGUUGUAGGUGUCAUUUGGUUAGCUAGCAAGAAAUGUGACUCACUUUGCUAGCUAGCUAUUCUGAACUUGAAUGACUGUUAUCCACAGUUAGCAUAUCUCUUAGUUGUCAAUCAACUGUAUUUGGCAUCGAUCAAAUGGUCAGGGAGGCAGGCAAGUUCCCAUUCAAUUAUUAAAAAGUGGGUUGGGACAAGCAUGCAUUGGCAGGCAAGCUGCAGAAGGGAGAGCCGGCUACUAUUCCCCAUCGUUUAUCAGUGCAAUUUUGACGGCCAACUACAAGCUGAAAAAGUUUGAGAGGGUUUAUCUGCUGUUUCCUCAUUAGAUUUUAGCUAUCUCGCUCUGGCUAACAUUAGUUGUUGAUCUUGUUGUGGUUGAUGUGCAUAGGCAACUGAGGGUGAGCGAGCCAACCUUUUCAUUGUUGUUUGAUCAAUGUAAGAGAACUCCCGUGGUAUUUACAUAUUUGCAGAAAUCCAUUCCGGUGUAUUUUGUGGCUUUUUGGCAAAUGCUGCCUGAAGAUCAGACGCUGUUGCUACUGCCUGUAAACACACAGUCAAAGUGAAUGAUGACAGGCCCUUGUGACAAAUGGCUUAUUUGCAUAUAGGCCUACUGUAGCUCUGAUUUGACUAUUGCGCACCGGUCUGUGUAAAGUCCGGUCCUGGGCAAGACAGAUGUUUUUGUUAGGUUUUAUUUACUGCAGUGUCUAUUAAUUGUCCAAACGCACGGCUGCUUUCCCACUCUAUAUUGCUGUAGAUAUUUCACAAAUGCCUUACUCUAUGUCAUUCCCAAACAUUAUAUGAAAGUAUGAAAACUAUAAAAUUACCAUAUCUAAGUGGUUGCAUGUCAGAAAAGGCCUCAUAUCCUUCCUGGGGGUGUACAGUGCCUUCAAAAAGUAUUCACAUUUUGUUGUGUUACAGCCUGAAUUCAAAAUUGAUUAAAAAAAAAAAAUUCUAACCCAACUACACACAAUACCCCAUAAUGACAAAGUGAAAACAUGUUUUUAGACAUUUUUUCAAAUGUAUUGAAAAUGAAAUACAGAAAUAUUUUAUUUAAAUAAGUAUUCACACUCCGGAGUCCAUAAUUUGUAGAAGCGAUUACAGCUGUGGGUCUUUCUGGGUAGGUCUCUAAGACCUUUCCACACCUGGAUUGGACAAUAUUAGCCCGUUUUAUUAUUUUGUUUAUUCUUCAAGCUCUGUCAAGUAUUUUUGAUUCUGGAUCAUUGCUAGACAGCCAUUUUCAAGUCUUGCCAUAGAUUUUCAAGAUUUAAGUCAAACUUUCACUAGGCCAUUCAAUGUCGUCUUGGUAAGCAACUCGGGUGUAUAUUUGGCCUUGUGUUUUAGGUUAUUGUCCUGCUGAAAAGUAAAUUAGUCUCCCAGUGUCUGUUGGAAAGCAGACUGAACCAGAUUUUCCUCUAAGAUUUUGCCUGUGUUUAUAGCUGUAUCCCGUUUCCGUCACAACCAUUCAACUCUGUAACUGUUUUAAAAUCACCAUUGGCCUCAUGUUAAAAUCCCUGGGUGUAUUGAUACACCAUCCAAAGCCUAGUUAAUAACUUCACCAUGCUCAAAGGGAUAUUCAGCGUCUGCUUUUUUUUUCUUCUUUUUUUUUUACACACAUCUACCUUCUUUGCAAGGCAUUGAACCCUGGUCUUUGUGGUUGAAUCUGUGCUUCAAAUUCACUACUCGAUUGAGGGACCUUACAGAUAAUUGUACUGUAUGUGUGGGGUACAGAGAUGGUGUAGUCAUAAAAAAAUCAUGUUAACCACUAUUAUUGAACACGGAAUGAGUCCAUGCAACUUAUUAUGCAAUUUGUUAAGCACAUUUUUACUCCUGAACUUAUUUAGGCUUGCCAUGACAAAGAGGUUGAAUACUUAUUGACUCAAGACAUUUCAGCUUUAAAUGUUUUAUUAAUUUCAAAAAUGUUCUGCAAACAAAAUUCCACUUUGACAUUAUGGGGUAUUGUGUGUAGGGCUGUUGCGGUGACUGUAGGGCUGUUGCGGUGACUGUAGGGCUGUUGCGGUGACUGUAGGGCUGUUGCGGUGACUGUAGGGCUGUUGCGGUGACUGUAGGGCUGUUGCGGUGACUGUAGGGCUGUUGCGGUGACUGUAGGGCUGUUGCGGUGACUGUAGGGCUGUUGCGGUGACUGUAGGGCUGUUGCGGUGACUGUAGGGCUGUUGCGGUGACUGUAGGGCUGUUGCGGUGACUGUAGGGCUGUUGCGGUGACUGUAGGGCUGUUGCGGUGACUGUAGGGCUGUUGCGGUGACUGUAGGGCUGUUGCGGUGACUGUAGGGCUGUUGCGGUGACUGUAGGGCUGUUGCGGUGACUGUAGGGCUGUUGCGGUGACUGUAGGGCUGUUGCGGUGACUGUAGGGCUGUUGCGGUGACUGUAGGGCUGUUGCGGUGACUGUAGGGCUGUUGCGGUGACUGUAGGGCUGUUGCGGUGACUGUAGGGCUGUUGCGGUGACUGUAGGGCUGUUGCGGUGACUGUAGGGCUGUUGCGGUGACUGUAGGGCUGUUGCGGUGACUGUAGGGCUGUUGCGGUGACUGUAGGGCUGUUGCGGUGACUGUAGGGCUGUUGCGGUGACUGUAGGGCUGUUGCGGUGACUGUAGGGCUGUUGCGGUGACUGUAGGGCUGUUGCGGUGACUGUAGGGCUGUUGCGGUGACUGUAGGGCUGUUGCGGUGACUGUAUUACCGCCACACCGGCAGUCAUGACCGCAGUAAAAUUCCUUGUGACCUUUGAGUCACGGUAAUCUCCUGUUAUGCACUCAGGACGUGCUUCAGUAUUACGCAGUUUACUAACAACCAUCAGGUCCUAAUGGCCUGGGACUCAGGGCUGUAUUGUCCCGCUAACCACUGACAUCAAUGCAAAUGCAAUCGAAAAUCUCAUCAAACACUUAUCAUCAAAACAGUAUCCUGCUUUUAAAACUCACCUCACUGUGAUUAUCAAUUUGAAGAAAGAAGUUCAACAACAGGUUGAAACUGAGUGUAAAACAUGGUCGUUGUGGAUGUUGUUUCAAAGCCAAACACAACCGAAAUGGACAGCGCUUUCUAAGGUGAUGAUUAAUUCAAAACACCAUAUGCAUAUUAUGCACAGGCUUAUGAGGCCCAAGCCCCCCCCCCCAAAAAAAAUUAAUAAAUACGGUAUUAUGAUUGUGCCAUUAUACAAUAGCCUACCGCAUAUUAGGCAUUGCAGAUGCCAAAACUUAUUUAAGAUGUCUUUGGUACAUAAUUGGUCUAGCCUGUACUCCAAAAUAAAACUAAUUUGAGUAAUCGCCUUUGAGUGUGGACUCGAUUAUUAUGCAUACUGGAUGGACUGGUUACCUUAUGUUACGCUCCAAUAUUUCUAUCCACUAGUCUGGGAGAGAACGGAAUGGGAAAGAUAUCCUUUCUAUUUUAUUCAGCUAAAUUCGAUUAUAUUAUUCUUACUAUAAAAUCAUAUAAUAUAAAAUAAUGGCAUGGGACUUAAAAGCAUAUCUUGUCAGCUAAAUGAACAAGCCUACAGCCUAUGGCAUGGAGCAUAGCCAGAUAACAUACAGUAGGCCAACUCGUAUGCUGUUCUUCAGAAAUACAUUUUCUUCAUAUCAUAAUGUUUAUUUAAAACGGACUAAAAUAUAUAAUGGAUUUAUUGUAAUAGAGUAUAUUCAAUUGAUUUAUAUAAAAUAAAAUGUAGUGUUGCAAAGGCGGCAUCAGCGGCUUGUAUGCAGCUUGGAGGCCUGGAGAUACUAAACGUGUUUAUGUUAACAGUCAAGUACUGUGACACCGGCAGUCUUUUGCAUGACGAUAACCGGCAGUCUUUUGCAUGACGAUAACCGGCAGUCUUUUGCAUGACGAUAACCGGCAGUCUUUUGCAUGACGAUAACCGGCAGUCUUUUGCAUGACGAUAACCGGCAGUCUUUUGCAUGACGAUAACCGGCAGUCUUUUGCAUGACGAUAACCGGCAGUCUUUUGCAUGACGAUAACCGGCAGUCUUUUGCAUGACGAUAACCGGCAGUCUUUUGCAUGACGAUAACCGGCAGUCUUUUGCAUGACGAUAACCGGCAGUCUUUUGCAUGACGAUAACCGGCAGUCUUUUGCAUGACGAUAACCGGCAGUCUUUUGCAUGACGAUAACCGGCAGUCUUUUGCAUGACGAUAACCGGCAGUCUUUUGCAUGACGAUAACCGGCAGUCUUUUGCAUGACGAUAACCGGCAGUCUUUUGCAUGACGAUAACCGGCAGUCUUUUGCAUGACGAUAACCGGCAGUCUUUUGCAUGACGAUAACCGGCAGUCUUUUGCAUGACGAUAACCGGCAGUCUUUUGCAUGACGAUAACCGGCAGUCUUUUGCAUGACGACGCAGUCUUUUGCAUGACGAUAACCGGCAGUCUUUUGCAUGACGAUAACCGGCAGUCUUUUGCAUGACGAUAACCGGCAGUCUUUUGCAUGACAUAACCGGCAGUCUUUUGCAUGACGAUAACCGGCAGUCUUUUGCAUGACGAUAACCGGCGGACAAAAUGUCAUGACCGCCACAGCCCUAAUUGUGUUUGCAUUUUGAAUUCAGGCUGUAACACAACAAAAUGUGGAAGAAGUAAAAGGGUGUGAAUACUUUCUGAAGGCGCUGUAUAUGAACAGAUUUUAAUAACAUUUCAUGUUGCUCAAAAUGCUGUCAGUUCCACUUUGAAAAUAAUGUUUGUCGAUUGAGAGGAUUCCUUCCAUUUUGUAUUUGUAUUUAUUAAGGAUCCCCAUUAGUUCCUGCCAAGGCAGCAGCUACUUUUCCUGGGGUCCAGCUAAAAUGAAGGCAGUAAUAUACAUUAUAAUACAAUUUUUAAACAUUAAAAUACAUUUUACAACAGAUUUCACAAUUGAUGAAGUGUGUGCCCUCAGGCUACUACUCUACUACAAAACGCCAUCCAGGUGUACGUGUGUGGAUAGUGUGUAUGUUAUGUGUGUUUGUACCUGUGUGUGUGACUCUUCACAGUCCUCGCUGUUCCAUAAGGUGUAUUUUUGUGUUUUUCUAAAUCUGAUUUUACUGCUUGCGUGAGUUGCUUGAUGUGGAAUAGAGUUCCAUGUAGCCAUUCACUAUACAGACAUUCUUUAAAGUCAUACUUGGCUUUGAGUCCAGACACUACAGAACAUACAUCUGUUUAAUACCCUGUAAUGAGCUUCCCUUCCACACAGUAGUACUAUCACGAGUUCCCCUAUUAGGCCUAGAGGCUGCAUCCCAAAUGGCACCCUAUUCCCUUUGACCAGGGGCUCUGGUGAAAAAUAGUGCACUAUGUAGGGAAUAGGGUGCCAUUUGGGACGUUGACAGAGAUGACCCAAUCCAGGCAGUGACCUUCAGUGCAAUGUGGAAAGGACAUCUUCAACAGAUAGAUAGGCUAUCAUUCCUUUUUAAUGUGUCCUAUUUAAGAGCCACUUCAGACUUCUCAAUGUUUACAUCUCUCCAUUUCUCCAUCCCCCUCUCUGUCUCUCCCCCUGUCUCUCCAUCCCCCCCCCCCCCCCCCACUGAAGCGCUCUCCAUCCGUUGGGCCAACUAGCAAAGGCAGACGUGUAAGCUAAGCAGCAGUUCUGUGCUUGUUAUUUUGUCUGUGCCCAAUCACCCUCUGAAUCUCAAUCCUGUCUGUUGCAUGAAUGGGAAUACAUUGUCUGUGUGCAUGGGAAAAAGCAACCUCGGACUUUCAAAUAAGUUCUAUCAAAUGCUUCCUUGUAAGGGGUCUGUUACUGUGUGUUUCUUAGUUUCUAAGGCAUGGUGUAUGGCCUGCACUGUAGUCCUCCAGUAAGCUACAGUAACCUAGCCUAUAUGUUGUUGUCCUCCAAGUGGCUUUGUGGAUUUCCCCAAACCAAAAGCAUGGUUUAUGGUGGUGCUGUUCUCUCUGGUGGUACAGUCAGCAUGGUCAAAAGGUUAUGUGUACCGCUCUUGUCAUAUGCAUGGUUCAUGGGUUUGUGGUCCAACCUCUAGGCUUCCUAAUGACAAUUGACCAAUGGGAUGGUCAGUCCUAUAUCUACUACGUGUGUCUCAGUUUUGAGAGCAUGGCGCUUGCAACGCCAGGGUUGUGAGUUCGAUUCCCACAGGGGACCAGUAUGAAAAAAGUAUGAAAAUGUAUGAACUCACUACUGUAAGUCGCUCUGGAUAAGAGCGUCUGCUAAUUGACUAAAAUGUAAAUGUAAAAUGUAUGACCACAAUCCCCAUUUACCUUUAUAAUAUUGUGCAUCUACCUGGUUCAAUGGAUUUCUUGCUUUUCCCUCUAAGCAUGGAUGGUGCUUUUUGGUCUCUCUUGGUUUCCUUACUUUCUACCAACUCCCGAACACCAUUUCUUCUAUGUCCAGCAACACUUCUUUCUUUCUACCUUGCUCUCUCUCUCUCUCUCUUGCUCCCCCCCAGGUGGACUCGGUGGAUAACUUCACUCCCUCCAACACCCCAUCCAGGGACGAGGACUCCAAGAAGUCUCGCUCACGGUCGCCCUCCAUGGCCAGCGACGUGGAGCCCAUUGAGGUGAACCCUGAACUUUGACCACUACGCUGGUUUCCCGGCCAUAGAUUAAAUAGGUAUAUAUUGUGCUGUACUCAAAUAUUUGUCUUUUCCCUCCCUCCAGUUGAUAGACCACCCCCCACGCACAGUCCAGACCUCCACCAUGCGAUCAGGAGGCUAUGGUAGUAUCGGCCGCUCAUCACCCAAGGUAAGACCUGACAUCCUUCUAGACUUCCCAAAUACCCUUCUACUGUUUUAACCACAGUCAAUACUUUGUAAUGUCAAUCCCAUGGACCCGACGAAGACCAGGCUAAGAUUAAAAUGCUUACCGUUGCUGUAUUUAAAUAAAAUGUCACUUUUUAAUGUGUAUGUGCGUGUCCUUUCUGUAUUUGUCCUAUGUGUUUUGACCGGCCCUCUGUUCUCCCCUGUUUGUCCCAUGCAGCCCAAAGCCCACCAGUUUGUGGUGAAGUCCUUCAGUGCUCCCACCAAGUGUAACCAGUGCACCUCUCUGAUGGUGGGACUCAUCCGCCAGGGCUGCACCUGUGAAGGUAGGAGAAGAGGAGAGAGGGGGAGAGAAAGGGAGAGUGGAUAAAAGGGGGAGGAGGAGGAGAGAGGGAGGAAGACAGAUGGGAGAAUGAGGAGAGCGGGGGAGAAAGGGAGGGAGACUGGGAUUUGAGAAAAGGGAGUGAGGGAAACUGAAACGGAAGGAGGAGAAGAAGGCAGGAUGGAAGCAGGAAGCGGGACUAGACUGAGGUGUCGGUACAUUCUCUUUUGAUGCGUGACGUGGCUAUAAUGGAUAUAACCCACUCAUUCUCUCCUGUCUGGUCCUGUAGUGUGUAACUUCUCAUGCCACGUGACGUGUGCUGACAAGGCUCCAGCGGUGUGCCCCGUGCCACAUGACCAGACCAGGGGGCCGCUGGGCAUCGACCCUCAGAGGGGCAUCGGCACUGCCUACGAGGGACACGUCAGAGUACGUAUGACACAGAAGAUUGUUUGUUUAUGAGCUCUUUUAAAAACUUUGGGUUGACAUUUCCUGCUGGAAUAAGUCCCUACCUGUGAAUUAAAGUGCACAUUUAAAAACGUAUAUUUUACCUUGUAUGUAUAGCCUCUCUAUCUCCAGAGGCUGACCUGUGUGUGUUUGUGAGGUUUGCCUGUUAAUGGUGUGUGUAUAAUAAAAUAUGUCUCUGUCUGUAGUACUGGGCUGGAACAAAACCCUGCACAACCAAUAGCUCCCAAAUACAAGGGUUUUUCACCACUGGCCAUACUAGGUUGGGUCUAUGUGGGAGACUGAAGUGUGUGUCUGUCCCUGUGUGUGUUCCCAGGUGCCCAAGCCCACAGGGGUGAAGAAGGGUUGGCAGCGGGCGGUGGCCGUGGUGUGUGACUUCAAGCUCUUCCUGUACGAGCUGGGAGAGGGCAAGACCACAACGCCCAGUGUGGUCGUCAGUCAGGUCAUAGACAUGAGGUAAGGACUACAACCUGAGCUCUGUCUGAACUACAACUCCCAUAGAUGGGAGAAAGCAAUGGCUGCUUAUCAGAAUUACCUCUGGGUUUAGUUCUUUAGUUCACUCUCUCUCCUUCUUUGUUUUCCAGGGAUGAGGAGUUUUCAGUCAGUUCUGUUCUGGCGUCAGAUGUCAUUCAUGCCAGUCGCAAGGACAUCCCAUGUAUAUUCAGGGUAAGCCUUUUAUUCAUGAUUUUUGAAUAAAUGCAUUUAUACAUUCAUACGUUUACUCAGUGAUUACUCCCCCACCUGUUCCACAGUCUUCAGAUUUCUCAGCUUUUAACAGUACUUCUGCUUUUGUUGUGGGGAGGCCGUUCUGAAAGUUGUCUCCUCUGACCUCUAACCCCUCCAGGUGACGGCGUCCCAGCUCUCCCCCUCCUCCAGUCACAAGCCUUCCAUCCUGAUCCUGGCCGACAGCGACCAUGAGAGGAACAAGUGGGUGGGGCUUGUCAGCGAGCUGCACCGCAUCCUCAAGAAGAACAAGCUGAAGGAGCGUUUCGUCUACGUGCCCAAAGAGGCUUACGACAGCACGCUACCGCUCAUCAAGACCACGCAGUCCGCCGCUAUUAUAGGUAGGUGGAGGACACACACACACACAGCCUCUUUAUUUUGGCCAUGUAGUAAGGAAGUAAAUAUAGGAACAUGAACCAAACUCUGUAUCUGACUUUAGUUUGUUGUAUACAGCCAUUACAUGUUCUGCUGCAGUCUCCCUCUGUCAUUACCAGGGUUCUAAUGACCUCUCUACUGCAGAACAGAUGGGGACAGACUUUAUGCACCUCGAUACCUAGCCCUGCAGUAGACUCUGAAUCAAACCUACUCUUGUUGUUUUUUCUUCAGAUCACGAGCGUGUUGCCCUGGGCAACGAGGAAGGCCUUUUUGUCAUCCAUGUCACCAAAGAUGGUAAGACUUUAGCACCCGCCUGGAGAUGGUAAGACUCCAGCACCCACCUGGAGAUGGUAAGACUCCAGCACCCACCUGGAGAUGGUGAGACUUUAGUACCCACCUGGAGAUGGUGAGACUUUAGUACCCACCUGGAGAUGGUGAUGCACUUUUCCCAUUAUGCAGUUGAAUUCUCACCACAUGUUGGCGAUCACAGUGGAGUUUUUUUGACAACUCUCUCUCCUCCUCCUCCUCUACUUUCCCUCUCUCCCCUCCUCUCUCCCCUCCUCCUCUACUUCCCCUCCCCUCCUCUCUCCCCUCCCCUCCUCUCUCUCCUCCUCCUCUCUCCCCUCCUGACCUAACAGAGAUCAUCCGUGUUGGGGACAAUAAGAAAGUCCACCACAUUGACCUGGUCCCCCAGGAGCAGCUCCUAGCGGUCAUCUCCGGCCGUAACCGUCACGUCCGUCUUUUCCCCAUGGCCGCGCUGGACGGACGGGAGAUGGACUCCUAUAAGCUGGCCGAGACCAAGGGCUGCACGGCGCUGGUGUCCGGCUCUGUCCGAAACAACUCCCUCACUUGUCUGUGUGUGGCCAUGAAGAGACAGGUCAUCUGUUACGAGGUGGGUGGUGGGAGGUGGUAGCAGAAGGGAUGGGGUUGGUGGGACUUUGUUUGUUAAGCACUUUUACCAGCCGUUUUUCUAUGUUGUCGCUCUUAAGUAUGUUACAAAUUAUGUAAUAUAACUUUGCUUAUAAAAUAUAUUUUAAGCAACUAUAUAGGCUCUAUUUAUGGGAUUAUGAAGGGUCGAUUAAGCCUACAAAUAUUAAAGAAUGAACUCACAAUAUAACAACAUGAUGGUUCUAUAUCUCCCAGGUGAACAAGAGCAAGGUGCGCCACCGCCGGCUGCGGGAGCUCCAAACCCCAGGUCCCGUCCAGUGGAUGGGUCUCCUGAGCGAGCGGCUGUGUGUGGGCUACCAGGCUGGCUUCACACGCUACAGCGUCCAUGGGGACUGUGUCCCGGUCAGCCUGCUGCACCCCGAGGACCACACCCUGGCCUUCAUCUCCCAGCAGGCCCUGGACGCGCUGUGUGCCGUGGAGAUCUCCUCCAAGGAGCUGCUGCUCUGCUUCUCAGCCAUAGGGGUCUACGUGGACUCGCAGGGCCGCCGCUCGCGCCAGCAGGAGCUGAUGUGGCCCGCCAUUCCCAACUCCGCCUGUGAGUUCUGAACCAGCACAACAGCCUUAAAGGCUAAUUCUGCCACUUUUCAACCUCAGAUCCAUCAUCUCCAGGACAAUACCAGUGUCUACAUGUGUGAAACAGUGUAUUUCUAUGAUCUGUGGUUAAACAGAUCAGAAGAAAGGUCCUGAAAAAAUGCUUCUCUGUGACAUCACAGGGUAGGAUUAAAAGUAAAAAACAGUGAUUUUCAAAACUUGCAACGAGUUUCUAGCACAAGGGAGGGUAUUUUCUUGCUCCCCACGUCACCGCGCAUUUCAUAGUGUUUGAAAAUCACUUUUUAAAAUGUUUAAACUUUUGAUGAUGUCAUCGAGUAUAACUUUUUUGCGUUUUCACAUGUUGACACUGGUAUUGUGCUGGAGAUAAUGACAAUGAGGUUGAAAAGAGGUGAAGUUGGCCUUUAACCUUUUCAUAAACCAAGUAUUUUAUACAAGGUUUAAUUUCCCCACUGUUUACAAACAACAGGAACAAAAUCUAACAAUGUACACUACCAUUCAAAAGUUUGGGGUCACUUAGAAAUGUCCUUGUUUUCUAAAGAAAAGCAUUUUUUUUGUCCAUUAAAAUAACAUCAAAUUGAUCAGAAAUACAGUGUAGACAUUGUUAAUGUUGGAAAUGGCUAUUGUAGCUGAUUUUUAAUGGCAUAUCUACAUAGGCAUACAGAGGCCCAUUAUCAGCAACCAUCAGUCCUAUGUUCCAAUGGCACGUUGUGUUUGCUAAUCCAAGUUUAUCAUUUUUAAAAGGCUAAUUGAUCAUUAGAAAACACUUUUGUAAUUAUGUUAGCACAGCUGAAGCAAUAAAACUGGCCUUCUUGAGACUAGUAUCUGGAGCAUCAGCAAUUGUGGGUUUGAUUACAGAAUCAAAAUGGCCAGAAACAAAGAACUUUCUUCUGAAACUCGUCAGUCUAUUCUUGUUCUGAGAAAUGAAGGCUAUUCCAUGCGAGAAAUUGCCAGGAAACUGAAGAUCUCGUACAACGCUGUGUACUACUCCCUUCACAGAACAGCGCAAACUGUCUCUAACCAGAAUAGAAAGAGGAGUGGGAGGCUCCGGUGCACAACUGAGCAAGAGGACAAAUACAUUAGUGUCUAGUUUGAGAAACAGACGCCUCACAGGUCCUCAGCUGGCAGCUUCAUUAAAUAGUACCCGCAAAACAACAGUCUCAACGUCAACAGUGACUCCGGCAUGCUGACCUCCUAGGCAGAGUUACAAAUAAAAAGCCAUAUCUCAGACUGGCCAAUAAAAAUAAAAUAUUAAGAUGGGCAAAAGAACACAGACACUGGACAGAGGAAGAUUGGAAAAAAGUGUUAAGGACAGACUAAUUGAAGUUUGAGGUGUUCGGAUCACAAAGAAGAACAAAUGAAAAGAUGCUGGAGGAGUGCUUGAUGCCAUCUGUCAAGCAUGGUGGAGGCAAUGUGAUGGUCUGGGGGUGUUUGGUGGUGGUAAAGUGGGAGAUUUGUACAGGGUAAAAGGGAUCUUGAAGAAGGAAGGCUCUCACUCCAUUUUGCAACGCCAUGCCAUACCCUGUGGACGGCGCUUGAUUGGAGCCAAUUUCCUCCUACAACAGGACAAUGACCCAAAGCACAGCUCCAAACUACGCAAUAACUAUUUAGGGAAGAAGCAGUCAGCUGGUAUUCUGUCUAUAAUGGAGUGGCCAGCACAGUCACCGGAUCUCAACCCUAUUGAGCUGUUGUGGGAGCAGCUUGACCGUAUGGUACGUAAGAAGUGCCCAUCAAGCCAAUCUAACUUGUGGGAGGUGCUUCAGGAAGCAUGGGGUGAAAUCUUUUCAGAUUACCUCAACAAUACAUUUCCUAUGCAUUUUGCUAUAUUUCCUAUUCAAACUCAUUUCAUGUAUGUUUUCAUGGAAAACAAGGACAUUUCUAAGUGACCCCAAACUUUUUUGAACGGUAGUGUAUAUUGCUUCUGAAUAUGUUGAAAACUAUCGUGUGGAUGUCAUGGACUGUCAGUCCUUGCUUCUAGAGCGGCUGUCUGAGAAUUUGUGAGGGGUUACAUUUCCCUAGCCCCAUCCCAAAGCAUUCCGGGGGCUGCCGUUUUGCUGAAAAACUAAUCCCAGAAUGUAGCUUUAAGCCUGAAGCUGAUGUUGUCCUCCUUUCUCCUCACUAGGUUACAACGCCCCCUACCUGUCAGUGUACAGUGAGAAUGCUGUGGAUGUUUUUGAUGUCAACACCAUGGAGUGGAUUCAGACCAUCCCAUUGAAGAAGGUGAGAGUAUAGGACUGCAGAUGUAACGGAGGGCCGUUAGUCGAAUUGUUAUGUGUGUGCAUGGUAGGUUUAACCUUUGACCCCGUUGCCUUCCUGAAGGUGCGACCUCUGAACCCUGAUGGAUCCCUGAACCUCCUGGGUCUGGAGACAGUGAGACUUAUUUACUUCAGAAACAAGACGGCAGGUCAGUGACACGUAGGAUAGGCCUCUAGACUGCAGGUCAGUUAGGAGAGGUGCACAUCUCAGUGAUUAUUAUUACUACCACUGACUGAGUGUAAUUCUCAUUCUAUUCCACAAUAGGAUUGUCGUUAAAAAAAAGAAGAAAAAAAAGAGAUUGAAAAACAAUGGGGGGAAAAAAUGGGCCAUAUUGCUGCUGUUGACGACGGCGGCCAUGUUGUUAAUAUUCCAGAGGGUGACGAGUUGGUGGUUCCUGAGACGUCUGACAACAGCAGGAAGCAGAUGGUUCGCAACAUGAACAACAAGAGACACUUCUCCUUCAGAGUCCCUGAGGAGGAGAGGAUGCAGCAGAGGAGGUACACUACAUUGUACACAACACUGCAUGGUACACAACACUGCAUUGCACACACUGCAUGGUACACAACACUGCAUUGCACACACUGCAUGGUACACAACACUGCAUGGUACACACUGCAUGGUACACACUGCAUGGUACACACUAUAGACGCUUCUCCUUCACUCUCCACAGGGGCAUUCAGUGAGCUGAUCCGUGUGUGUGUGUAUCCCCUGUGUAGGGAGAUGCUGAGAGACCCAGAGAUGAGGAACAAGCUGAUAUCCAACCCCACCAACUUCAACCACGUGGCCCACAUGGGACCUGGAGACGGCAUCCAGAUUCUCAAAGACCUGCCCAUGGUAAGACAGACCACUACAGUCCAUAUCAGUCUGCUUUAGUCUAUACUAGAUCCUCAGGAAAAACCUGCCCAUGGUAAGACGGACCACUACAGUCUAUAUCAGUCUGCUUUAGUCUAUAACAGAUCCUCAGGAAAGACAGAAUACUACAGUGUGUCCAUAGAUUUCUGCUCGGUAGUUGUUCCUCCUUCGUCUGUGUUUGUACAUGUGAAUGUUUGUGUUUGUUGUCGUUUGUGAUUUAAUGUCACUGUGUUUACGCAUGUGCAUAUGUGUGGUCAUCAUGUCUAUAUAAAUUGUAGUAUGCAUACAGUGGGGAAAAAAAGUAUUUAGUCAGCCACCAAUUGUGCAAGUUCUCCCACUUAAAAAGAUGAGAGGCCUGUAAUUUCAUCAUGGGUACACGUCAACUAUGACAGACAAAUUGAGAGAAAAAAAUCCAGAAAAUCACAUUGUAGGAUUUUAAAUUAAUUUAUUUGCAAAUUAUGGUGGAAAAUAAGUAUUUGGUCACCUACAAACAAGCAAGAUUUCUGGCUCUCACAGACCUGUAACUUCUUCUUUAAGAGGCUCCUCUGUCCUCCACUCGUUACCUGUAUUAAUGGCACCUGUUUGAACUUGUUAUCAGUAUAAAAGACACCUGUCCACAACCUCAAACAGUCACACUCCAAACUCCACUAUGGCCAAGACCAAAGAGCUGUCAAAUGACACCAGAAACAAAAUUGUAGACCUGCACCAGGCUGGGAAGACUGAAUCUGCAAUAGGUAAGCAGCUUGGUUUGAAGAAAUCAACUGUGGGAGCAAUUAUUAGGAAAUGGAAGACAUACAAGACCACUGAUAAUCUCCCUCGAUCUGGGGCUCCACGCAAGAUCUCACCCCGUGGGGUCAAAAUGAUCACAAGAACGGUGAGCAAAAAUCCCAGAACCACACGGGGGGGACCUAGUGAAUGACCUGCAGAGAGCUGGGACCAAAGUAACAAAGCCUACCAUCAGUAACACACUACGCCGCCAGGGACUCAAAUCCUGCAGUGCCAGACGUGUCCCCCUGCUUAAGCCAGUACAUGUCCAGGCCCGUCUGAAGUUUGCUAGAGUGCAUUUGGAUGAUCCAGAAGAGGAUUGGGAGAAUGUCAAAUGGUCAGAUGAAACCAAAAUAUAACUUUUUGGUAAAAACUCAACUCGUCGUGUUUGGAGGACAAAGAAUGCUGAGUUGCAUCCAAAGAACACCAUACCUACUGUGAAGCAUGGGGGUGGAAACAUCAUGCUUUGGGGCUGUUUUUCUGCAAAGGGACCAGGACGACUGAUCCGUGUAAAGUAAAGAAUGAAUGGGGCCAUGUAUCGUGAGAUUUUGAGUGAAAACCUCCUUCCAUCAGCAAGGGCAUUGAAGAUGAAACGUGGCUGGGUCUUUCAGCAUGACAAUGAUCCCAAACACACCGCCCGGGCAACGAAGGAGUGGCUUCGUAAGAAGCAUUUCAAGGUCCUGGAGUGGCCUAGCCAGUCUCCAGAUCUCAACCCCAAAACAGCGACAGCCCCAAAACAUCACUGCUCUAGAGGAGAUCUGCAUGGAGGAAUGGGCCAAAAUACCAGCAACAGUGUGUGAAAACCUUGUGAAGACUUACAGAAAACGUUUGACCUGUGUCAUUGCCAACAAAUGGGUAUAUAACAAAAGUAUUGAAAAACUUUUGUUAUUGACCAAAUACUUAUUUUCCACCAUAAUUUGCAAAUAAAUUCAUUAAAAAUCCUCCAAUGUGAAUAUCUGGAUUUUUUUUUUCUCAUUUUGUCUGUCAUAGUUGACGUGUACCUAUGAUGGAAAAUUACAGGCCUCUCUCAUCUUUUUAAGUGGGAGAACUUGCACAAUUGGUGGCUGACUAAAUACUUUUUUUCCCCACUGUAUGUGUUAUUAGUAUCAUUAUGUGAAUGUGUGUAUUCACUAACGUUUCUGUCUAUCUUUGUGUUUUCAUCUCAUCUCCAUAAUCCAUAUACGUGUAUCUUCUGUGUGUCUGUCUCUGUCCUCUCCUGGCCGCUGACCUGUCUUAAUGCAGAACGUGCGUGUUCAGGAGAGUCGUGGUGCAGGCUUCAGUGGCUCCGUCUCCAUCCCCUCCAUCACCAAGAACAGAGCCGAGCCGGGACGCUCCAUGAGCGCCAGCAGUGGACUGGGCAUCCGUAAGUACCACACUACCGAACACACUAGGCUUGAUAAAUAAAGAAAUAUUGUAUAAUAAAAUGUAUCAAUAAAAUGGGGGAUUAAAAAACCAUUGUAAAUAUAGGCCUGGGUAGAGAAAUGGAAGUGCUUGUUACUAGUGAAAAAUGGAAGGUAGAUUUAAAUGCAUUUGUAUUGCCUGAUACAAAUUGUUCUCUCUUCCCUUCCUACCUCCCCCUCUCCCUACCCUCCCUUCUCCCUACCUCCCCUUCUCUGUCCCUCUCCCUACCUCCCCCUCUCCCUACCUCCCCCUCUCCCUACCUCCCCCUCUCACCUUCUCUGUCCCUCUCUCUUCCUCCCCCUCUCUCUCCCCAUCCCUCUCUCUCCCCGUCCCUCUCUCUCCCCGUCCCACUCUCUCCCCGUCCCUCUCUCUCCCCUUCUCCGUCCCUCUCUCUCCCCUUCUCCGUCCCUCUUCUCUCCCUUCUCCGUCCCUCUCUCUCCCCGUCUCCGUCCCACUCUCUCUCCGUCCCUCUCUCUCCCCUUCUCCGUCCCUCUCUCUCCCCUUCUCCGUCCCUCUCUCUCCCCUUCUCCGUCCCUCUCUCCCCGUCUCCGUCCCUCUCUCUCCCCGUCCCUCUCUCUCCGUCCUCUCUCUCUCCGUCCCCUCUCCCCUUCUCCGUCCCUCUCUCCAUCCCUCCUCUCCCCGUCCCUCUCUCCCCCCCCCCCCUCCCCCUCUCCCCGCCCCUCUCUCUCUCCGUCCCUCUCUCUCUCCGUCCCUCUCUCUCUCCGUCCCUCUCUCUCCCCUUCUCUGUCCCUCUCUCUCUCCGUCCCUCUCUCUCCCUUCUCCGUCCCUCUCUCUCUCCGUCCUCUCCCUCUCUCUCUCCGUCCCUCUCUCUCUCCGUCUCCCCCUCUCUCUCUCCGUCUCCCCUCCCGCUCUUUCUGUCCCUCUCUCUCCCUCCCUCUCUCUCCCCUCCCUCUCUCCGUCCUUCUCUCUCCGUCCCUCUCUCUCCCCCCUCUCUCUCCGUCCCUCUCUCCUCUUCUCGUCCCCCUCUCUCCGUCCCUCUCCUCUCUCCUCUCUCUCUCCCCUCCCUCUCUCUCUCCGUCCCUCUCUCUCCCCCUCUCUCUCUCUCCGUCCCUCUCUCUCUCCGUCCCUCUCUCCUCUCUUCCACUUCCCUCUCUCCUCUCUCUCCUCCUCUCUAUCUCUAUUCAUGUCAUCUUCUCCCUCCUCUCUUCUUCCACUAUUCCAUGUAUUUUUCUCUCUCUCCAGGUUCGUCAUCUCCAGAUUGGAAUGCGUUGAGGGAGAAGGCUGGGCCGGGGGGUAGCUACAGCUCUAAGCGCCAGACCAUGACCUCUCCCUCCGAGAGCUCUUUGUCCUCCGGAGGGGGUAUGGACGGCUGCAGCGACGCACCCCUCUCCCAGUUCGACAGAGAGGUACGUGACCAGCCUAGCGUGCUCCCUCCCUAGGGUGCCUGGGUGAAGUGCACUUGAUUAAGGCUACUAAAACUCAACUACUAACAAUUGGGUAGAAUUGUGUUGAAUCGGCUGAAUGUCUCAGAUCAGAUGAUAUACCAUUAGGACUUAAAGUUGUUCUUAUAAGUCGUAUCUCGUAGUGUUCUGAGAGUUGUGUUUUGGUUGUGACAGUUAAGUGGAUGGGUCUGAAACCACAUUUCAUGAAUCAUUUGAGCACAGUUGCUCUAAAUAUGACCAGGAUCACUCAGGUGAGAAAUCAUGCCAUAACAAUACACAGAGUGAAAAUACUCUAGCUGGUGACCAAUGACGUGGAAGACCUAUAAUAUACAAUAUAUUAAACAUAUACGUAACUAGACAUAUCAAAGUGUUCCCCAUAACUCUGCCCCCACCACAUCCACCACCCAGCCUCCGUGUUCUCCUGCCUCUCGCCCUUCGCCUCAUCCCAUCCCUCAAUCCGAUUGGUUCCUGGCACCGGCAUCCUAGCCCCUCACAGGGAACUCAAUCGGCCCCCUACCCAACCCUGACCCCAGCUAUGGUUAUCUGCACAUUGCCUCUCCCACCCUCAGCCUCAACCACCCACCCAGCCAGCCAGGUGUAGCUACAAGUCACCCUUAACUACUGAUUCAGGGUCAGAUAGUUCUUCAUCCCCCUAAUGGUCAGGUUAGAAUUGGGGUCUAAUAAUCUGAUCCUAGAUGUGUGAUUAAGAGCAACCUUUACCUCAAGCAUCUAGCCAUCCUCCAGCAGGGAUUCUAGCCUUAGCUAGCCUUCCUGCCUUUGGCUCCCUCUUCUGGCUGACUGUCUACCCUACCACCCCCACCCUCCCUCAGACCUGGCUGACUGUCUACCCUACCACCCCCAGCCUCCCUCAGACCUGGCUGACUGUCUACCCUACCACCCCCACCCUCCCUCAGACCUGGCUGACUGUCUACCCUACCACCCCCACCCUCCCUCAGACCUGGCUGACUGUCUACCCUACCACCCCCAGCCUCCCUCAGACCUGGCUGACUGUCUACCCUACCACCCCCACCCUCCCUCAGACCUGGCUGACUGUCUACCCUACCACCCCCACCCUCCCUCAGACCUGGCUGACUGUCUACCCUACCACCCCCACCCUCCCUCAGACCUGGCUGACUGUCUAUCCCUACCACCCCCCACCCUCCCUCAGACCUGGCUGACUGUCUACCCUACCACCCCCACCCUCCCUCAGACCUGGCUGACUGUCUACCCUACCACCCCCACCCUCCCUCAGACCUGGCUGACUGUCUACCCUACCACCCCCACCCUCCCUCAGACCUGGCUGACUGUCUACCCUACCACCCCCACCCUCCCUCAGACCUGGCUGACUGUCUACCCUACCACCCCCCACCCUCCCUCAGACCUGGCUGACUGUCUACCCUACCACCCCCACCCUCCCUCAGACCUGGCUGACUGUCUACCCUACCACCCCCACCCUCCCUCAGACCUGGCUGGCUCCCCCACCCCCACCCUCCCUCAGACCUGGCUGACUGUCUACCCUACCACCCCCACCCUCCCUCAGACCUGGCUGACUGUCUACCCUACCACCCCCAGCCUCCCUCAGACCUGGCUGACUGUCUACCCUACCACCCCCAGCCUCCCUCAGACCUGGCUGACUGUCUACCCUACCACCCCCACCCUCCCUCAGACCUGGCUGACUGUCUACCCUACCACCCCCAGCCUCCCUCAGACCUGGCUGACUGUCUACCCUACCACCCCCCACCCUCCCUCAGACCUGGCUGACUGUCUAUCCUACCACCCCCACCCUCCCUCAGACCUGGCUGACUGUCUACCCUACCACCCCCACCCUCCCUCAGACCUGGCUGACUGUCUACCCUACCACCCCCACCCUCCCUCAGACCUGGCUGACUGUCUACCCUACCACCCCCACCCUCCCUCAGACCUGGCUGACUGUCUACCCUACCACCCCCACCCUCCCUCAGACCUGGCUGACUGUCUAUCCUACCACCCCCACCCUCCCUCAGACCUGGCUGACUAUCUACCGUACCCCACCCACUGUUCCUCAUACCUGGCUGGCUGCAUCGUGAUUCGUGCCUGCCCCCAUCUCACUCCCCCUCCACCCCGCUCCUCUACGCUCCCCCCAGCCCAGCAUGUUGUUCUCUGGGCCGGGCCGGGUCGCUGAGUCUGUAACUCUUACCUCUCCAGUGGCAGGCGGUCUCGCCAUCGGAGAAGACCCCUGAUCUGAAAAGGGCUUUAAGGACCCUGCUUAGUAAGAUGAAGGUAAUGUCAUACACACACACAACCGACCCAGACACACUGUAUCCUCAACCACACACACACACACAACCGACCCAGACACACUGUAUCCUCAACCACACACACACACACAACCGACCCAGACACACUGUAUCCUCAACCACACACACACACACAACCGACCCAGACACACUGUAUCCUCAACCACACACACACAACCGACCCAGACACACUGUAUCCUCAACCACACACACACAACCGACCCAGACACACUGUAUCCUCAACCACACACACACAACCGACCCAGACACACUGUAUUCUCAACCACACACACACACACAACCGACCCAGACACACUGUAUCCUCAACCCCACACACACAACCGACCCAGACACACUGUAUCCUCAACCACACACACACACACACAACCGACCCAGACACACUGUAUCCUCAACCACACACACACACACAACCGACCCAGACACACUGUAUCCUCAACCACACACACACAACCGACCCAGACACACUGUAUCCUCAACCACACACACACACACAACCGACCCAGACACACUGUAUCCUCAACCACACACACACACACAACCAACCCAGACACACUGUAUCCUCAACCACACACAACCGACCCAGACACACUGUAUCCUCAACCACACACACACACACACACACACACACACACACACACACACACACACACACACACACACACACACACACAGUUUUGAAGCUUUGCCCCAAAGCCACCAUCAGUCCCCCUCCUGUCCACUGCACCAUUUCAGCCCCAUCAGCAUCUGAUGGCUAUGUCACAGAUGCCCUGCCCCCCGUGUCUCUGGCUAGAGGGGCGUUGCUCGUCCCCCUCUCCCCUGGCCUGCCCUAGUGUGGCUCCUCUCCCCUGGCCUGCCCUAGUGUGGCACCGCUCUUAAAUUCCUGAUUUGGUUUUCAGAAUGGUGUGUCACCAUCCUCUACCCUGCAUGUGUCUGUCUGUUUCCAUACUGGCCCCUUGUGGCCUAACCCUGUGGCCUUCCCCUAAUCCUAAUCCUGUGGCCUGCCCCUAACCCUAAUCCUGUGGCCUUCCCCUAAUCCUAACCCUUUGGCCUGCCCCUAACCCUAAUCCUGUGGCCUUCCCCUAAUCCUAACCCUGUGGCCUGCCCCUAACCCUAAUCCUGUGGCCUUCCCCUAAUCCUAACCCUGUGGCCUUCCCCUAAUCCUAACCCUGUGGCCUUCCCCUAACCAUAAUCCUGUGGCCUUCCCCUAAUCAUAAUCCUGUGGCCUGCCCCUAACCCUAAUCCUAACCCUGUGGCCUACCCCUGUGGCCUGCCCAACCCAUGUUUCUGAUAAUAACCAUUACUGUUCUGAUUUAUUGAUUGAUUGAUUGAUUGAUACAUCAUCAGGAAGAUACUAUGGAUACUGUGGCUCUCCUCUCUUAUAGGCCAUGUACCUCUCUGCCAACUACAGUAGUGCUGUGGUGGACAGCUGUAGCUCCUACAGCCGUAGCCUACUUAGAAAUAGCCAGAGAAGUGAAACAUGACUCUACUGUUUUGUCUGUGAGAAACAACUCCCUCACUCUACCUCCCUUAACGGGUUGAAAAAUUCCCAUAACUUUCCAAAAAUUGCAAGGUUUUCCAGAAAUCCUAGUUGGAAGAUUCCCGGAAUCAGGAUGAAAGGAGCAGGGUAUUUCUGGAAAACCUGGCAAUUUUGGGAAGUUACUGGAAUAUUGCAAACCUACUAUACCUCCCUUCAGUGAAGGAGGGAGAUGCUCUCAAACCUGGUUUCCCUAACUAGUGUCUCUCAAUGCUGUCCACUACAUUACACUGGACUAUAGUAGGGGUGGCAUAUCAUGCUGUCCACUACAUUACACUGGACUAUAGUAGGGGUGGCAUAUCAUGCUGUCCACUACAUUACACUGGACUAUAGUAGGGGUGGCAUAUCAUGCUGUCCACUACAUUACACUGGACUAUAGUAGGGGUGGCAUAUCAUGCUGUCCACUACAUUACACUGGACUAUAGUAGGGGUGGCAUAUCAUCAUUUUGGAGGACCAACAAUGUAUGCAGGCUUUUGUUCCACCCCAGCACUAACACACACACACACACACACCCUUGAUGAAACUAAUUGCGGUAAUAUUUGGGAAAGUAUUCAGACCCCUUGACUUUUUCCACAUUUUGUUACGUUACAGCCUUAUUCUAAAAUUUAUUAAAUCGUUUUUUCCCCUCAUCAAUCUACACACAAUACCCCAUAAUGACAAAGCAAAAACAGGUUUUUAGAAAUGUUUGCUAAUAUUAAAAAUUUAAAAAUCUGACAUUUACAUAAAUCAAUUUAUUUUUAUUUUUACUUAACUAUUUUUUACUUAACACUUAUUUUUCUUAAAACUGCAUCAUUGGUUAAGGGCUUGUAAGUAAGCAUUUCACUGUAAGGUCUAAACCUGUUGUAUUCGGUGCAUGUGACAAAUCACAUUUAUGUAAAUUUCAGAUUUAUUAUAUUUUUUUUAUAUAUUAGCAAACAUUUCUAAAAACCUGUUUUUGCUUUGUCAUUAUGGGGUAUUGUGUGUAGAUUGAUGAGGGGAAAAAACGAUUUAAUAAAUGUUAGAAUAAGGCUGUAACGUGACAAAAUGUGGAAAAAGUCAAGGGGUCUAAAUACUUUCCGAAGGCACUGUAUGUGUUGAUUAUUUGAAUCGGGUGCAUUUUGAGCUGGGCUGAAACUAAAUGGGUCCACCUCCACUGACUGCUGAGUACUGUAGUAGAAGACAGUAGACAAGACCUCAUGUAGGCGCUUUGUUCCAACCAACCACUUCUGGUCAAUCGAGCUGCUCAUUGUCUGUUGAUGUGGAAGGUUUCCAGUGCAUUAAGUCCUUGUUGCCUAGCGCUCUGUGUGAUUGAUGGGAUAUGAAGUGAUGUCACCAUGUCCACAUCAGCAAUCAAACAGCAGAUCAGCAUUGAUGAUGACAGCAGUUGGUUGAAAGGACACACACAGAGGUCCCUGAGGACUAGUUGACCAGCCCCGAUCUAAUGGAACUUAUUGGAGAGAUUAGUUGUGUUCAGUAGGCAUGAAUGGGAGAAAUCGUUUUUUAAACGAUAAACUAUUGGCAUUCUUUUUCUCAGACAAGUUAAGGGAGUAUCCCAUCCUUUUGACAGCAUUGCAUGCCUACUGAAUGUGACCCAAGCCUGAUCUGUGGUUAGCUGUGAGAAGAGUAUGACAUCUAAGUGCCUCUCUCUCUCUCCCUUACUGUCUUUCUCUCUCCCCCUCUCUUUCUCCAGGACUCUGACUCGCCCCGUCACUCCACGGCGUCCAACAGUUCUACGUUCAGCAGUCCCCCCAGCCCGGCCUCACCCCACAAGACCAAGUCCCUCUCUCUGGAGAGCACAGACCGCAUGACCGGCUGGGACACA